UGGCAAGAGAUGAGACAUUGUCACCGGUGUUGUCUCCUUGGUUUAGUUGACGACUCACAUCCAACUGGAUUGGCUGGAGAGCGUUGGAGAGGCUACUGAUUCUAUUCGCAUGGGUUAAGGGAGAGGCAAAAUAAAAAGAUUAUCGGCCGGGGCGCUUGAUUCUUGAUGGACCCUAGCAAGGAGCGGGUUUUGUGGGUUUACUUCGGACACCCUGUUGGGAUUUGGGAGAGGCGGCUCUCUGCUCUGGGAAAUGUUGAUGACUCUCCAUUUGAACUGAUCUACCAUGACUGCAUGAUGUAUGUAUACCGCUUGUUGGCUUUCCGAUUCUUCAUUGAUUGCGCAGGACGGAUGUCGGACAUACGAGAUGAGCUGUAUAGUGUUCCUGCAUAUUUGUGCCUUGGGAUGGACUUUGAUGUUGCGGUACCUCAUCUGUUGUGCUUGUUGAUUUGUUGCUUGUUACCCUUUUUUUUUUUUUCUUUGCUGGCUUUCCGUGCUGGCCCUGUCAAUGAUAGUAUUACGACCUUAGAUUUCCUUGGUGCUGGGUGCAGAUAUAGAGUAUGAACAAUGGCGAGAAUAAUGGCUCCAAAAAUAAACCUGAAAGGAGUAGGGAGGAGAUAGGAGAUAGGUUGGUUAGUGAGUUAGUAAGUUAGUAAGUACCUGGGGGGCGCCAUAAUUCCACGGAUCCAUCAGUACCGAGAAGUGGAACUUCGGGCACUCCACGGUCCAAACCAACGGGGGCCUGAAAGGGCUGAAAGGGGGUGGUGGGUGUCC